AUGGCGCACAAGGCAUGUUGUGUUUCAUUGUUUGAAAUUUUUUCUCCCUUGCCUAUCACACCUGUCUCACCUCACCAUCCGUUUAUUUCUCUGGUAGGGUUGCAAGAAAUGCUUCACUGGUUUACUAAGGAAAAACAUUACUCCAUUGAAGACCUGGUUAAAUCUGCCAUUAAACUGUCUGUUUCUGACGUAUUGGAUACAAACGAGGUAUCUUUGAUACUUGGAGAGGCAGUAGAAGCUAACUUAGUAGAUUUGAAGAGGUUUAUUACAGAUGGUGCCUGGAAAGCAGUUUGCAAAUUAGGUUAG